CCUGUGGUCACACCUCUGCUGGACGCUGUCUGUCGGCUCAAGAACACAGCUUGUUUUCUCAUUUCUAAAAGUUCUAGUUGUUACUCGUUUUCUCUUCAUUCCUCCGUCUUCAGUAAUGGCGCUCCAAUUCACUCGACUUGUUAUGGGGUCUGCGCGCGUGAACAGUCGGCUGUCACUUAAUACAACCUUCAUUCGCGGCAUCGCCUCGUCGGCCCGAAAUAACGGCGUUCCUAAACAGGCAGCAGUGGAAGAAAGUUCCCUAGCACCAAAGACUGGAAUUCUGUUGCUCAACCUCGGUGGACCAGAGAAACAGGAGGAUGUCCACGGUUUCCUACUGAGACUCUUCUCAGAUAAAGACCUAAUCCCUUUACCAGCACAAAAACAAUUAGCAGCAUGGAUAGCCAAGAGGAGAACACCCAAAAUCAAAGAGCAGUAUCAGAAGAUAGGGGGUGGAUCCCCCAUCAAGAUGUGGACAGAAAAACAAGGACAGGGAAUGGUGGAAUUACUAGAUCAGCUAUCCCCUGAAACUGCUCCUCACAAAUUCUAUGUGGGCUUCAGAUAUGCCACACCUCUAACAGAAGAUGCAAUUGAGCAGAUGGAAAGAGACGGCAUUGAGAGAGCAAUAGCAUUUACUCAGUACCCGCAGUAUUCCUGCUCUACAACUGGUAGCAGUAUUAACGCUAUCUACAAGUAUUAUAAGCAGCGACAAGGCAACUCAUCCCUUAAGUGGAGUGCUAUUGACAGAUGGCCGACACACCCUGGGCUAAUUAAGGCCUUCGCUGAUAACGUCAAGGUGGAGUUGUCCAAGUUUCCUGAAGAAGUCCAGAAGGAUGUGGUCAUCUUGUUCUCUGCUCACUCCCUACCAAUGAAGGUAGUAGAUCGUGGAGAUCCCUACCCCCAGGAGGUAGCUGCCACUGUCCAGCGAGUGAUGGAAGCAUUAGAUUUCUCGCAUUCUUACAGGCUUGUGUGGCAGUCCAAGGUUGGCCCUCUACCAUGGCUCGGUCCACAGACAGAAGACGCCAUCAAGGGCCUUGCAAAGAACAACAAAAAGAACCUUCUUUUAGUUCCCAUCGCGUUCACAUCUGACCACAUUGAGACGCUACAUGAGCUAGAUAUUGAGUACGCCCAAGAACUUGCCCAUGAGGUUGGCGUUGAGAACAUCAGGCGAGCAGAAUCACUGAAUGACAAUCCGAUUUUCAUCCAGGCCAUGGCGGAUAUCGUGCACAAGCAUCUACAGUCCGGCGAGACAUGCUCGCGUCAGCUCCCCCUGCGCUGUCCCAUGUGUGUUAACGCUACGUGUGGCCCCGCCAAGGAAUUCUUCGCCAACCAGACACUCUAGCAUCAUUCUCUCCUAAAUUCAAUACUUCGAAGGCUCGCAGACCUACCUAUUCCAUGCUCAGAGAAAAAUACCCUGCUUGCCAGAGACUUGCCCCCAAUCUUUAAAUUUCAUGCUGUGCAGUGAAGCCUGAGGGCGACCUGGCACCCCCGGUAAAAAAGCAAGCUGCGUGGAAGUAAAAGCUGAUCACUCAUGACGUAUUCUUGACUACGGAGCUUUUACGCCUUUAUAGCGAUUACAGACUAUGGGAAGGUCACGCGCAAACGUGCACAGCAUUGUGGGACACAAGCUGGAAAAACCAGCGGUCUUUGCGGGCGCUCCCCUUGAUUUUUUGCUGCCGAAGGAAAGUGCUAGGUCCUGUCUAUCUUGUGAGGAAAACGAUACAUUCUCGUUACUAGAGCCUCUAGGUUGAGCGAAAGAUCUCGCACUUUUGGUAGUGUUUUGCAGUCAGCUUAGUGAGAUGUGGUGUUGGGUUCUGAUGAAGCAAUUGUACAGAAAUAAUUGCAUAGGCUUGGGUUGCUUGAUUGGCUUGCUUGAUUGACGUGCUUCGCACGCCUGACACGCCACAUCUGGACACCAAGCCUAUCAUAGGUUCUAAAUCUUUAUUUUACAAAUAUUUAAAUAAAAAGAAUCAGUCAAUGA